GAUGGCUCAACCCCCUCGGGCAAUCCCGGGAUGGGAUAAAAAGCUCCCGGCUCCCAAUUCCUCCCAUCCCAGCUCCGGAUUCCUGAGAUUUCAGCUCCUCGGGCUUCUCCUCUUCGGGUUCUGACAGUUCCAGCUCUCUCCUGCCACCAUGUCCUUCUCCAGCCAGCUCAGCUCCCGCUGCUCCGCGCCCUGCGCCGUGUCCUGCCCCCAGCCCUGCGCCGACACCUGGAACCAGCCCUGUGUCACCUCCUGCGGGGACUCCCGGGCCAUCAUCCACCCCCCGCCCGUGGUCAUCACCUUCCCCGGGCCCAUCCUCAGCUCCUGCCCGCAGGAGAGCAUCGUGGGCUCGGCGCUCCCGGCGGGGUUGGAGCGCCCCGGGGGCCUGCAGGGUUCUCUGGUCUAUGGAGGAUUCUUCUCCUCCUCCAGGAGCGCCUGGAGCCAGCGCUCCGGGAGCUGCGGGCCCUGCUGAGCCGGGA